UAUCUCAUUAUCAUAGUUGGUCACUUAUAUUAUUGAAAAUGGAGUUACAACCACUUCUAAUUUUCUACCUAGCAAUAAUACCUAUGUUUCUAUUUCUCAUCUUCCAAUUCUAUAGGACUUUUAAGAAUAAUAAUAAUCCAUCUUUUCCUCCUGGUCCUAGAGGCCUUCCCUUAAUAGGAAACCUUCAUCAACUAGAUAACACCAUUCUUCACCUUCAACUAUCUCAACUCUUCAAGAAAUAUGGCCCAAUUUUCUCCCUUCAAUUAGGGUUAAGGCCUGCCAUUAUCAUUUCCUCAUCAAAACUUGCCAAAGAGGUACUAAAAAACCAUGAUCAUGAAUUUUGUGGAAGACCAAGAUUACUUGGCCAACAAAAAUUGUCCUAUAAUGGCUUAGAUAUUGCAUUUUCUUCAUGUGGUGAUUAUUGGAGAGAAGUUAGAAAAAUAAGUGUUACACAUGUCCUAAGUGCUAGGCGUGUCUCAAGCUUUUCCUCAAUAAGACACUUUGAGGUAAAACAAAUGUUAAAGAAAAUAUCCAAACAUGCCUCAUCUUCUAAAGUAACAAAUUUGAAUGAUGCAUUAAUGUCUCUCACUAGCACUAUCAUUUGUAGAAGUGCUUUUGGGAGAAGGUAUGAUGAAGAAGGAGCUGAAAGGAGUAGGUUUCAUAGUAUGCUAAAUCAGUGUGAGGAAAUGUUCGCUAGCUUCUUUGUUUCGGAUUACAUUCCUUUCUUGGGUUGGAUUGAUAGAAUCAAUGGAUUGAAUAAACGUCUUUGUGAGACUUUUAAGGAGUUGGAUGAGUUCUAUCAAGAGGUGAUUGAUGAACACAUGGAUCCAAAUAGAAAGACUAAUCCGGAAGAAGAGGAUAUGAUUGAUGUGUUGCUUCAGUUGAAGAAACAACGUUCGUUUUCCAUAGACCUUACUUAUGAUCACAUCAAAGCAAUUUUCAUGGACAUGCUUGUAGGAGCAACAGAUACAACAGCAGCUACAAGUGUUUGGGCAAUGACGGCUCUAAUAAAAAAUCCAAGAGUGUUGAAGAAAGUUCAAGAAGAAAUUAGAACCACACUAAGAAGCAACAACAACAACAAGAAGAAGAAAGAUUUCUUAGAAGAAGAUGACAUUCAAAAGUUGACCUAUUUCAAGGCAGUAAUAAAAGAGACACUAAGGUUGCAUUUACCAUUGCCAUUGCUUCUACCAAGAGAAACCAAAGAAGCUAGCAUCAUUGAUGGAUAUAAAAUUCCAUCCAAGACAUUAGUGUACAUAAAUGCAUGGGCUAUACAUAGAGACCCAGAGAAGUGGAAGGAUCCAGAAGAGUUUUAUCCAGAGAGAUUCUUGUUAUUGGACAAGAACAUAGAUGUUGGUGGACAAGAUUUUGAUUUGAUUCCAUUUAGUUAUGGUCGGAGACAGUGUCCAGGGAUGCAUAUGGCAAUUGCGGCAUUGGAUCUUAUACUUGCUAAUCUUCUUUAUUGCUUUGAUUGGGAGUUGCCAGAUGGAGUUCAAAAGGAAGAUAUUGAUACUGAAGUCUUACCUGGACUUGUUCAACAUAAGAAGAAUCCUCUUUGCCUAUUUGCAAAACCCUUCAUGUAAUAAUGGUAAUAAUAAUAAGGUUAUCAUAUAUCAUGAUUGUAAUAAAUUAAAUAAUUUGGCCUUCAGGUGCUGCUUGUAUGUUGGAGCUUUACAUAUGAAUAAUUAUUAUAUAAAAUUUGCAAAUA